GGACGCUCUUCCUCGUCCCUUUGCGUUGCUUAUCCCUCAUUUUUUUAACCAUCAGGCUGGUCCUGCAUUCACAUCCCACGGUCGCUCUCUUUUCCUACUACUUCUUUUUUCGGCCUGCGCCAGUUCAGCGCAUCCAUCCAUUUCCCCUUGUUGCACCAGCCCGGAGAUCAUGCCCACUCGAAUCCCGACAGCGGUUUCGCUCUUCCUGGCGUAAAUGGUCGUUCUUCCGUGAUUGUGACGAGGCCUACUCUAUCUCUUACUACUCAUCUCUUGUCUUGCAGCGAUUGUAACCAUGUCUCUUCUCCACAAUGAAGAUUUCACAAUCUGGCAGUUGCGCACUUCCUAUCUGUCGACCAUAAAGGACGGCAUAGGCGAUAGGCUUAUCAACGUGAACAACACCGUGCUCAACACGCCAGGAUUCCGCGCAGCUGGCUGGUCUUCGGCUUCUACAAACCCCAAUACGCAGAGCGCGGCUGCCCACAUUAAGCGGACAAAUUCACCCCCAAUCCCUACUACUACGGCGGUUACCUCGGAAUAUUACCAGCUAGGUGUUGCCCGAGACGAUGCGCAGAGAUUCGGCCUGGUGGAUGAAGGCGACGAUGACGAAGGGGGAAUGGUGACGGGGAAGACCAACACAGAGCUGAUUGGGCGUCGCAACCGCGGGAAACGAGUCCACCGGAGGGAACGACAGCAGCAUGAGCAACAGAAACACAGAGAAGCGGAGGACGAUGACAGCAGUGACCUGAGUGAUGAGAGCGACGAUGAUGGGGACAGUGCUCGAAGUGCUGCGAACCAGAUCAAGUUUACGAAGAUGCCCAUACGAACAAGAGCCGGAUCUUCACCCAUACGUUCAUCAGACCGCCAGGAGAGUCCUCAGGUUAUGGUCACGUCUCCAUCACAUCCGACAAUGGGUACCCAUUACCGUACGGGCUCAUUGGGAACAGCUGUUAGCAGCAUAAACGAGCGGCCGCGGCGCGAUACUACGACUACAGCCAGCAGCGACAUAUCUUCGGACAAUGACCUGGAUGCAUCUGCCUUCAGAAGGCGUCAGAUUUCGUUCUCUAGCCAUGAUCAGGUCAUAGAACCCGCGAGAAGGAGAAAUGGCCCACCGGGCCCUCGGGACCUGGAAGAACUCCAUGAGCAAGCCGAGGACUCAGGAGCUGAAUCUGUGGGUUCGGCCCUGUCGUCUGAUUUUGACGCAACAGCGGGUUCUGCGUCAUUACUUGCAGGGGUUGGGAUCACUGGUAGCUUAGAUUCAUCCUCGCCAGUUGCUCUGAUGCACAAGCUGCAGAAUGGCACGGGUUCACAGACGGCAUCCCCGAGGAAACCCAGAGGCCCAGCGCCAGAGUUACAGGAUCUGCCACCUCCACGGCCAAUCAGCACUGUCCAGCCAGUCAGUUUGCUUUCCAAGGCACUUAAUGCGCGCAAGAAAGCACCGACGAACCCGGUGGAGAAAUUCGCGGUGCUUUCAGGCAAGGGCUUGACCGAUGUCCUGAACAUCAAACUCUACCUGCCAUUCUCCGCCGAUCCCGAUGAACCACUCGAUUUGCCAAUUGCGCGCGAGUCCAAGCUUGCAGAGCAGCCUGCACCGGUAACAGUUGUUGAAGCAAUCGGCUUAGCGCUUUGGAGAUACAGCGAAGAAGGUCGCGAACCGGCUGUUGAACGCAGCAAGCUUACCGUGAACAUGUGGACGCUGCGAAUGGUGGAAGAUGGCGAAGUCGAAUAUGAUUUUCCCGCUUUAGGUCGAACAUCGCCAAUUGCUGACUUUACCUCGAAUAACAAUCGGGCAGCUGGUCGACGGACUCGGGGAAAACAGUAUGAUGAAUUCGCGCUAGUCGAAGCAUCCAAGGCGGAAUUCGAAGCAAACGAGCGUCAAUUCCCCCAGUUCAGCCAGACAGCUGCUUCUGAAGAUAGCGGAGAGACACCUGCACCGACGAGUGCCCCGACAAGCCAGCCGGUCCCGCAAAGCAAGGCACCUCGCCCGAACCCGAUUUUGGGACAACCCUUCUCGUCGGCUUUGAACGACAAUACACUAACACCCGCGGAUCGGCCUGCCGUGCCCACGUCCCAUGCCACACCUCGCCUGGGGGUGUCAAAGACACUGAAAAUCCGGUUCAUCAAUGUGGAAGCGUCCACCCAGGUGACGACGCUCAACACGUCUACCGACAGCUACAUCGCCGAGAUCCUCGAUUCGGUGUGCAAGCGAUGGGGCCUGGACAAGGGGAACUAUCUACUGAAGGUGAUGGGAUCCAAUACGAUCGCACCGCUAGACCGCACCGUGGAAGCCCUGGGCAAUAUCACGGAGCUGGACCUGGUGCGCCGACGAUUCGGGCCGCAGUCGCUAACGGGCUCCCCGGGCAGCUCCUCCCCGAACGCGCCGCUCCUCAUCGACAGCACCAGCGCGCCCAGCAAGAAGGGGAAGAAGAGCGGACAGCGCAUGCUACACCCGCUCACACAGAAGCAAGAUCUCAUUGGAGGAUAUUACCGGCGGUACUACGUCUGGCGCAAACAAUCCAUGGGCUUUACGCAAUCCAACCACCGGAUCUUGACGUUUGACAACGAUUACAUGCAUAUCAUGCCGGCGGACACGGGCAAGACAGCGUCGGACACCAAGACGCGGUCGAUCAGCUUCAACGAUGUCGUGGGAUGCAAGGUGAGCCGGCGACACCCGAAGAAUUUCCGGGUGGUGGUGUUGCGCGGCAACGAUGCCAACGAGCAGAAGCGGUAUGAUUUUGAGGCACGCAAUGCGCUCGAAGCGGUGGAAAUCGUGGACGAGAUCAAGAAGAACAUGGCGCAUUAUCGCAUCUAAGGGACGCAUUGCUAUUGUUAUUUGCUUGCUGUUUUAUUGAGGGAACCGAGAAGUGGAAGCGAGCCCUCCGACCAUUGUUUGGAGGGGGGCGGCGUUGCCAUCUUUGCUACUAGGUAGGAGUACAUAAGGCCGGGCAGCUUUCGGGUUGGAUUUGAAGUUUGCAGCAGCAUGGAGCCAGGGCUACGGGGGAAUCAACAAC